AUGGACUCGUCCACGAACAUGCGGUCGAUGAAGCUCAAGGCUGGAGUACUCGCCAUGCUCAUGGCAUCUAGCGAAGCCUUCAUGGUGUCAAGCAACAUCCGGGUAGGGACCAGCGCACCUGCAGGCGCCUUCACGAGGUCAUCGUCAGCACUCAGCGCGAGGACCGCAGUGAGGCCGAUGCAAUCGGUGGCACCUGCGAUGGCGAUGAAGGGGGAAGGGUUCAACGCCCCGGCCUCCCUCGCGGCGAUGCUUGCGGCAGCAACGAUCGCGUUCUCCUCUCCUGCGAUGGCCGUCGACGUACCCCCCCCCGCCUCGCCCUUCGCCAACGCAGGAGGCCAGGCCCCGCCCGCGAUGAUGCAGCGGUCUGUGCAGACGGUCGAGAACAUCCGGUACUCGGACUUCGUGAACGCAGUGGAGAAGGACGAGAUCGAGAAGGUCUCCUUCUCGUACGACGGCAAGAAACUCGUCGCCGUGGACACUGACGGCGUGCGUGUGAAGCUCGACUCCAUCCCGAAUGAUCCCGAGCUUUUGACAAUCCUGACCAAGCACAAGGUGGAUGUGACCGUCAUGCCCAACCAGACUAACCAGGGCGGCGGCGGUGGUCUCGGACAACUGGGUGGCCUCAUCUUCCCUGCACUGCUCUUCGGCAGCCUGUUGUUCUUGUCGCGGAGGGGCGGAGGGCAGGGUGGGGGCGGCGGGAUGGGAGGCGGCGGGAUGCCGGGCGGCGGCAACCCGAUGGACAUGACCAAGUCGAAGGGGAAGCUGGAAGUCAACCCGGACACGGGCGUCAUGUUCGACCAGGUGGCCGGCUGUGACUCCGCGAAGUUCGAGCUGGAGGAGGUGGUGGACUUCCUCAAGAACCCCGCCAAGUACACCAAGGUCGGCGCCAAGAUCCCUCGCGGCGUGAUCCUCGAGGGCCCACCCGGUACCGGUAAGACUCUCAUCGCUCGUGCCGUGGCCGGCGAGGCUGGCGUGCCCUUCAUCGCCACCUCCGGAUCUGAGUUCGUUGAGAUGUUCGUGGGCGUGGGUGCGGCACGCGUGCGCGACUUGUUCGACAAGGCGAAGGAGAACUCUCCGUGCAUCAUCUUCAUCGACGAAAUCGACGCCGUCGGCCGGCAGCGCGGCAGCGGCAUGGCCGGCGGCAACGACGAACGCGAGCAGACGCUGAACCAGAUGCUCGUGGAGAUGGACGGCUUCGUCGGCAACCCCGGUGUGAUCGUCAUGGCUGCCACCAACCGUAUCGAUAUCCUCGACGACGCCCUCCUCCGCCCCGGCCGCUUCGACCGCAGGGUGCUGGUGGACCUGCCCAACUUCCAGGGCCGCGUGGCCAUCCUGAAGGUGCACGCCCGCGGCAAGCCUCUUGCACCCGACGUGGACAUCGAGGGCAUCGCUCGCCGCACCCCCGGCUUCUCCGGCGCCCAGCUCAAGAACCUGCUCAACGAGGCGGCCAUCUUCGCCGCGCGCAAGCAGCGCCCCGUGCCCAGCAUCGAGUGGGAGGACGUCGACGGUGCGGUGGACCGCCUGCUGGUGGGUCUCGAGAAGAAGGGCGCCCGCGUCGACGAGCAGAUGCGCACCAUUGUGGCUUACCACGAGGCCGGCCACGCCAUCGUGGGAGCGCUGAUGCCCGACUACGACACCGUGCAGAAGGUGACUAUUGUGCCGCGAACGAACGGAGCGGGCGGACUGACGUUCUUCUCGCCUUCCGAGGAGCGACUGGAGUGCGGGCUGUACUCCAAGGUGUACAUGGAGUCGCAGCUGGCUGUGGCGCUGGGCGGACGCCUUGCGGAGGAGGUGAUGUUCGGCGAGGACCAGGUGACGACUGGUGCGUCCAACGACUUCCAGCAGGUGGCCAACAUCGCCUUCCGGAUGGUGACACAGUGGGGCAUGAGCGAGGAGAUCGGCCCCUUCGUGGUCAACAUGGGGAUGGACGGAAUGGAGGGGGAGCAGUGGGGACCGACGAUGAACGUGCGCGUCAACAUGGAGGUCGAGCGAUUGGUCAACCAGGCGUACUUCCGCGCCAAGACCAUCCUAACGGACAACAAGGAAUUGAUGGACAAGCUCGCCCAGAAGUUGCUCGACCAGGACACCGUUACUUCCGAGGAGCUGUCGUUGAUGAUCGCUGAGAACGGGAUCGAGACGGCGCCCUACCGGGAGUACGACGGCCCUGCAGAGCAGACGAAGUUGCCGUUCCAGAAGCCUGUGUCUGACUACUUCUAAACAAAUCGAUGCGAGUGUUGGUUGUUUCCACGGGGGCAGGGGCAUAAGAGGGACGGAUGGUAGUGUCUUUGUCGUUGGAAGGUUGCGGCGUCGUAGCCGAUGGUUGAGAGUUAAAACCCAUGGAAAAACCGCGUUAGAAGUGGGGGGCAGGUAACCGGUGAUGAUGAAGUGUGUGGGGGUUCACCUUGGCCCGACAGCGCCGACAAAAAAUUGUCGGCCUAUGCGUCUCUUGCCCAGAGCAACAUGUGAUUUUUACCGUUGCGCGAUCUGUUGAGCGUUCUACGAUCCGCAUUUGUGAAUACGGACUGUAUCGGUUCUUGAAUUUUUUUUGCUCCUGUCCAUGUUGGUGGAGAUGUUUUAAGUCGCUAGAACUCGUAGAAGAGUGCUGUUGAGUCGCUUGAGUCGAGUGAAAGCAAAUUAACACGAGUUGGAAAUGUCUUGCACGAUACUCCAACGUGCUAAUAUUUUUACCUUUGGCACCUCGCUCUUUUGUUGGGGGCAGACGAGUUAUUGAUUCAUCGCGUGCUUUAUACGCUCGUGUGUGGAUCGCGUGUGUAUUUUGUUGUCGAUACAUGGAUGUUGUGCGAGGCUUGUCUGACGUGUCGUCAAAUGCGUGUGUUGAGUCCAGCGUUCGAAACAUGAUUUGCACACC